GAAGCCAGGCGAGAGGGGGAGGGGCCUCGACGAGCCCAGAAAAACGACAACGCGAGAAAAAUUAGUAUUUUUGCACUUCACAAAUUAAUGACCAUGAGCUCGUUUUUGAUAAACUCCAACUACAUCGAGCCCAAGUUCCCUCCCUUCGAGGAGUACGCUCAGCACAGCGGCCUGGGCGGUGGAGACAGCGGCCCGGGCGGGGGCCCCAGCUACCAGCCGCCCCCGGCAUCCACCACCCAGCACCUGCCGCAGCCCCAGCUCCCGCAUGCGGGCACCGGCCGCGAGCCCCCCGCAUCCUACUACGCGUCGCGGGCCGCCCGUGAGCCCUCCUACCCCACGGCCGCCCUCUACCCCGCGCCCGGGCCAGACGCCGCCUACCCCUAUGGCUACAGCGGCGGUGCCAGCCCCGGGCGGCCACCGCAGCCGGAUCAGUCCCCGGCACAUGCCAAAGGCCCUGUACACGGCCUGCACGCGAGCCACGGCCUGCAGCCCGGCCGCCAGCCCCCGCCUCCCCCGCAGCAUCGCGCGGCGCCCCCAGCGCGCUGCGACGCGGCCCCCGCCACCCCCGGCGUCCCGACAGGGGGCAGCGCCCCUGCGUGCCCGCUGCUCUUGGCGGACAAGAGCCCGCCGGGCCUGAAGGGCAAGGAGCCCGUGGUGUACCCCUGGAUGAAGAAGAUCCAUGUCAGCGCCGUCAACCCCAGUUAUAACGGAGGAGAGCCCAAGCGCUCUCGAACCGCCUACACCCGGCAGCAGGUCUUGGAGCUGGAGAAGGAGUUUCAUUUUAACCGCUACCUGACCCGGCGGCGCCGCAUCGAGAUCGCCCACACGCUCUGCUUGUCGGAGCGCCAGGUCAAGAUCUGGUUUCAGAACCGGAGGAUGAAGUGGAAGAAAGAUCACAAACUUCCCAACACCAAGAUGCGUUCUUCCAACCCGUCGUCGUCGGCCUCUGCAGGCCCGCCAGGGAAAUCACAAACUCACAGCCCACACUCCCAUACCCACCCCCUCCCUAGUGCCUCCACACCCAUUCCCUCAUCCAUAUAAUCUAAGGGAGACCUAGAUCUGGUUUUGUCACUCACCUGUCCUCGGCCUCUCCUCUCCUGCUCCUAUCCCCAUUUAUUCUUCCCCAAGUAAACUGUAAGACACCAAAACAAAAUCCAACUUGGUGGAAACCAUAACCAAAAAGAAGACAUUGUCCCUGGUGUGUAUGUGCUGGUUGCCACCCAAAAGAGGAUAACUGUCCUGGAUGCUGUUAGUGGAACAACCUGCUGACCUGAACAGCCUUGCCAGGUUUGGAUACUUGUGAAGGAACCAACACUUGCCAUCACAUACUUUUGAGACAACUGAAGUCAGUUGGAGGGUGCUUGCUGAUUGGGGACUUGUACUUUGUAUUUUGUGGCAAGCAGAAGAAAGCAGGCCCUUUCCUACCCUCCUUACCUCUCCCUCCUCCACUAAGGCAGCUCUCCUGAGCUUUACUGAGUAGACAUUGUGGACCUCACUAGAUUAUUUAAUUCUCAAAAUGUGUAGACCUUGAUGGUAGGUGUGACAUGUUAGUUUCCCCUCCUUGCAUUUAUUUAAGAUAUUGUUGCAGAGAUGUUGUUGUCUUAUUCUGGGGCACAAUCUUGGGGAAGAGGGGAAUGCAUUCAGACCCACGAGCGCUGUACAAAGGAAUAUGGCUAUAUAAAAAGCCAUGUGCUAAGAAUAAACUUCAUUUUAAAAAAACAUUAAACAUCUAAGAGACAGAUUUGUAUGUUUCAUGAGCUUUUCAUUAAAAACAACAACAACAACAACAACAAAAAACUAC